CUUCCCUGUUGCAUACAGUAAAUCAAUACAUACUAACAUGAAAGAUUUUGACGGGGUGAAAUUAACGUUUACACCGCUGAAAAGGGUAUUUCCAAGGGUAUUUUCAUAAUUUCUGUAUUAUAACGACAGAAUAUUCCAUGGAAUAUAAAAAGAAAUGAGUGAAUCUGAGACAGAAUCCACAGGCUCAAUAAGCUCUAGCUGGUGUUCAAACCACAGGACAGAGGACCUGAACACUGAUGAAAAUGAUGUUGAAGAUGGAGAAAAUGAUGACGACGAUGAGUGUGAUGAUGAUGAUGAUGAUGAAAAUGAGAUAGAUGCCAUGGCUGUUGCAUUAUCACCAAGUCAGGGACCGAUUGUUAAUCCGUUUAGGUUUGAUAGCGGGAUGUCCAUCAUAAAAAGAGCCGAUCAGUGCACAGUAUAUGAGAGGUCACACGUAGUAAACACAUACCAACAAAUGAGUCCGGAUUUGCACAAUCACUUCAUCGGGCAAGGGAACGACUUCCUUAGAACAAAAGUGAAACAACUUAAACCAGUCUAUGUGGAAUCAAGAGGUGCAAGGGAAUGCGCUUAUAUCUUAGAGAGUGAGAAUUCAUUAGUUAUUGUCGGAAACCCUGGUGAAGGAAAGACGACGGCGGCAAUCAUGACGAUGGACAAGCUUGCAAAGACAGGAUACCAACCAAUUAUAAUAACAUCUCCAAAAGAAUGGAAUAGCAAGGUGGUACAAGCCGAGAAGACGGAAAAACUUGUUAUUUUUAUAGAUGACAUGUUUGGAACUGUUGGUGUGGAUGAGAACAAGGUAAACGAAUGGAUAGCAAUGAACGAGGUGAUCAGUCAACUUCUUGAAAAGAGAACUGGAUCUUUUAAGAUCAUAUGCACUGUAAGAAGGAAAGUAUACAAGGCUGUAAAACAGAGGAUUAAGAGAUUCAGGUGGUUCAAAUCCUUUCGAAUGGUUGACAUUUCAGAUAAGACAUAUGCACUUAGCGAAAGUGAAAAGACAGAGCUUCUUCAGAAAUAUUUCAAACAUUACAAGGUUCCGAAAGGGAGGCAAUGUCUUAUUGCUGCUAAAGCAGAUCCACCUCAUGGAUUCGCACACUGUGUAGAGUUGUAUUGUACCGAACCGCAUUGCUUAAGGAUGGGUAUUUCAUUCUUUAUGUCUCCCUUGUCUGCAGUGGAGAGAGAAAUUCAAAUUUUAUACGAAACCCUAUCAACUCAGUACUACGCUUUGUUGCUGAUACAUCUUUCACCGGGGCAAAAGGUAACAGUUGACAUCAUGUCUGGCGAAGAAGAACUCGACCAAACACUGCUUAACAAGGCAAGGCUGUUGUCAAAACUGCCAACUAGGGAUGGAAUGGACAUUAUACGGGCUAUUGAAAAAAUGACAGACAACUAUUUAAGAGAAGAAGACGACGGAUCUGUUGGAUUUAGGCACGAUACCGUUAGUGAGAUGGUUGGUGUUAUUGCUACAAGAAACAGUCCGAUUCCUGCUGUAAACUACUUGAGUUUGCAGUUUUUAUCAGAGAAAACAAAGUAUGUGGCAUAUAAAGAAGACGACAAGGAUGAAGUCGCUAUCUUGCCAAAGAAAUGCACGCUCAAACUUGUUAAAAGAAUAACUGAAGCUCUCUUUAAUGGCGAGGCUUUUGCAGCAUGUAAGCAUCAUGCUUGGGAAAACGUUAAUUUUGUAUACGCAUGGUUGGACCAUGUCAAGAAAAACAAAUCAGACAAGCAUGAAGGCAAUACUUUAUUAGAUGAUGUGUUGACAAUGUCAUUAGAAAUUUAUCAAGUCAUGCAAAGGAAUUCGAAUUCUGGACCCGAGGAAGUUCAUGUGGGAUUAAUGUUUCUUCUAUAUUUAAACAAAAAAGAGAUGGCAAGAGAGGAGAUAAUGAAUUUCUACCAAAAGCAAACUUUGGAAGAAAGCGAGAGACUCAUAAAAUUUAGACAAGAACAGAGAUGUCCUUCUGGAAGGAAACUGAAACGUGUAUAUUCACAAGAAGAAGAGUUGGAAAACACUGCCAUCAACUAGGAAAGAAGUUGAAAGUUGCUGAUGAUGGAAUGCAGUUAAAAGAUAUGUAAAAUGAAAUACGAACUUAAGAACAAAUUGUUUUCUACUGAAAUUCUUCUUGAUGUUAUAAAAUCGAACAUAAAAAUCUAGGAAAACGAAUUUGUUUUUGAACACAUUUUUAGCUCGACUAUUCAUAGAAUAGUAGAGCUAUUGGACUCGCCCAUGCGUCGGCGUCCGCGUCCGCGUCCGCGUCCGCGUCCCGAUUUGGUUAAGUUUUUGUAUGUAAGCUGGUAUCUCAGCAACCACUUGUGGGAAUGGAUUGAAACUUCACACACUUAUUCGCUGUGAUAAACUGACCUACAUUGCACAGGUUCCAUAACUCUAUUAUGAUUUUUUACAAAAUUAUGCCCCUUUUUUGACUUAGAAAAUUUUGGUUAAGGUUUUGUAUGUAAGCUGGUAUCUCAGUAACCACUUGUGGGAAUGGAUUGAAACUUCACAAACUUAUUUACUGUGAUAAACUGACUUACAUUGCACAGGUUCCAUAACUCUAUUUUGCUUUUUUACAAAAUUAUGCCCCUUUUUCGACUUAGAAUUUUUUGGUUAAGGUUUUGUAUGUAAGCUGGUAUCUCAGUACUCACUAAUUGGAAUGGAUUGAGACUUCACACACUUGUUCACUGUCAUGAUCUGACAUGCACAAAGCAGGUCCCAUAACUUUAUUUUGCUUUUUUCAAAAUUAUGCCCCUUUUUCAACAUAGAAAUUUUUGGUUAAGUGAUUGUAUGUAAGCUAGUAUCUCAGUAUCUACUAAUAGGAAAGGAUUGAAAUUGCACACACUUGUUCACUGUCAUGAUAUGACAUGCAAUGCAAAGGGUCAAUAACUCAACUUCGCAUUUUACAAAAUUAUGCCCCUUUUUCGACUUAGGAGUUUUUGGUUAAAUUCAUAUUAUGUAAGCUGGUAUCUUAGUACCCACUAAUGGGAAUGGAUUGAAACUUCACACACUUGUCCACUGUCCUGAGCUGAUAAGCACUAUGCAGGUUCCAUAACCCUGUUUUGCUUUUUUACUAAAUUAUGUCCCUUUUUCGACUCGUAUUCAUUCAAUCGACAAGGCUGUUGAAUAGUCGAGCGUUGCUGUCCUGCGACAGCUCUUGUAUUAUAAUCAUGUUACACCUUAAGUCUCUUAAGAGAUCAUUUUGAAAACUAGAUCGUGUUGUUAUUGUGAUACAGCAUAUAACAAUCAGGAGCCUAUGUGCAAUUAGACAGUGUAUAUAACGUUAAGACCUUUUCACCAAGUACAUAAUGUAUUAAUACAACCUGAUAAUUACUCGCGCUAUUGUUAUUAUUGAUGUCACGAUGAUUCAUUUUAUUUACGUCUUUAGUAAAUUGUGAAACUGUAUUUAGGAAGUAAGUACGGGAAGUUUUUAAACUUUCAUUAAUAUCAAAGUACUAGUACUAGUGAGAAAUCAUGUUAAAUAUUGUUGCAUUUUUGUUUACUUUCUUGGAAUAAGUUUAAGACAUAUGUAGCGAUACAGUAAUACAAGUUACAGUACACCGACCACGCCUUUGUGGUAUGUACUGAGAUUUCGUCCACAACUUAUUCGGUCUUACAGAGGCUUAUGGCGCAUCUGAAACCUGGAAAAGGAUUUCCUUAUUGAUUGUUACAAAUUGAUGAAGCAUCCUUGGAAACAUAUUUCAGACCAACCGUAAAAGUAAUGUCAUAUAACAAUGAAGUCAUCAAGUUUUUUGAUAAACGGCUGAGUCAUUUGACAUUGUAGAUGAUAACUGUAGAACCCUUCAAUUUGAAUAAGGCGUAAAUAAAACUAAACAAAAAUGCAUAGUAAAAUAAACUAGCUAAUGGCUGAUGAGAGACAAGGGUUGCCAAUGCUUCAUUUUAUAUACAUGUACCUAUAAACAUAUCUUGUAUUUUACAUUAUAUCACAAGGUGACAGUUAAAAUGUGUAUUGUAGUAGUAGAAACCCGUAUCCUGUAUUUGCCUGGACUACUUUCUUUGAUAUUUAUACUACAGGAACUAAAUUUAGUACUUUGUUUCAGGUGAUUUUAUAAAUGUAGUCAUGUUUCACCAAAAUCAAACAAGAAUGUGGAGGUAUAUAUUAAUAAAAAUCAUGCUCUUGAGGGGUGGGGAGUAUAUAACUCUCGUCGAUUCUACCAGACCGGAUCAAGUCUGGCGAUUGAUCUGUGUCUUGCAAAAUAAGUACAUCCCAGAGCAUUAAAACAUGAUAAGUUAUAAUAAUCCUGUUAUUUCCCAUUAGUAUUUUCUUAUAUUCUGAGCUUUCUAUGUUGUCUUGGUUUUGGGGGUUCAUCGUCUGCUCGGUAUGUUGUAUUUGCUAUUUUGUGCAAUUGUUUGAUAUUUCAGGUAAUGUGGUGGAUAUAUGUCACAAUUCGAAAUUUAGAUAGAAAACAUAUCAAACUAUUGUAAAUAUGUGGAAUGUAUAUAUCAUUAACAUUGACCAAACUGUUGGCCGAGCACGGCUGUCUGUAGUGUUUCUUGAAAACAUUUUAUUGUUCAUUUUUGUUUCAAGAUUUUAUUGUACAUAUAUGCAAUACGCAAUCUAUAUCAGCUGUAAACAAGUAUAGCAUAAAUGUUUAAAAAGUCA